AUGAGCCCGAGUCAACGACCGUCGCUCAUACUUGCCCCGUCGGUCUCCACCACAAAGGUGGUGACAACGACGACAACAACGACCACAUACGCACCCAUUCCUCUUCCGUCUCUCCCCCCACCCUCUUCCCCGAAGGAUCCAAAGCUCUAUCCGCUACUCAAUGCCUCAUUACCUCCAUCUCUACGCCGAUUUCCCAUAACUUUCCCUGGGGGCGCACGUGCCACAUUUCGUGAUGGUGAUGAUGGCGACGACGACAUGCAUGAUGAAGACGAGGUGAUGAGUGGGAGAGGGUGGCGUCUGGUCAGACAGGAUGAUAACGACGAGGAAGACAAGGUCUUCGGCCUUCACGAAGCUGUUGAGCGUUUCGGGAAAAAGAGAACACACAGCAAUGACAUUGUCAUGCAGGGAGUGGAGGAACAGACUAACAGCCCUCCUCCGCGAAAGAAGCCAAGGGGAACGCAUCCGGGCACUCUCCAUAUCAACGCGUCAACAGCUGCUGCACCCCCUUCUCCCCUUCCCUCACCAACAGGCUCGCCACCUCCACAGAGCAUUUGGCCAUCAGCACCCCCAAGUGGUGCUUCGUCCCCCCAACCACAAGCACCAAUACAACCGGACAUAGCUUUGACAACCUUGAUGACGCUCCCGAACCUCCUCAGCCAUUUUACCGCUCUACCACCGGCUCUGCAAUCUCACGUUCUCCUCACGUUUCUUCGUCACUCACCGUUACCCGUCCUCCGGACGCUCCAAUCGGUGCUUACACCCACACUGGCUCGCGACUUCCUCACCCUAUUACCUCGCGAGCUGGUUUCACAUAUCCUGAGCUUCUUGCCGUUCUCGACACUUGCACGUGCAUCACGAGUUUCAAAAGCGUGGAGGGCGAUCAUCGACUCGGAUCCAGUGCUUUGGCAGGAUCUCAUGAGAUCAACAAAGAUAUGGUUUGGCGGCGAAAGCGAACAUCUCUUUUCAAAGCAUAUCAUAUCUCUUAGACGCAAGGCUGGCUUACCCGCUCCUGGUGCAUUACCCUUGCCGCACCCAUACAAGAUAUUAUUCAAAUCCCGCCACCUCACUCGCACUUCCUGGCUCAACAACAACAAUCCAAAGCGUAUAACAUUCCCUGCUCAUGGAUCCCAUGUCGUUACGUGUUUAAUCUUUUCCCACGGAAGGAUAAUUUCGGCUUCAGAUGAUAACUCGAUACAUGUUUAUUCACCAACAACUGGGCAAUUAAUUCGUUCUCUGGAAGGACACCAAGGCGGUGUAUGGGCUCUCGCCGCCACCAAAGACACACUUGUGUCUGGAUCAACCGAUCGCACAGUUCGAAUCUGGGACUUGAAGACGGGGAACUGUACCCAUGUCUUUGGUGGCCACACAAGCACUGUUCGGUGCUUAUCCAUCGUCAAACCUGAGAUGGUUGAAUGGACCGAUGAUGACGGUAUUACACAUCACGGACGAUGGCCAAAGCGACCUUUGAUUGUCACUGGUAGUCGUGACCAUUCUUUACGCGUAUGGGACCUUCCCAGACCUGGAGAGAAGGAAUACCGAUGCUAUGGAGCAGAUGAUACUGAAGGAGACCCUUCAGAGGCAUGUCCACUGGCAGCACACAGAUAUGCAUGUUCUAAUGUCCCAUUUGCAUUACAGGAAGAUGUCGAAGAGAAUCCAUAUCAUAAAGUCCAGCUCGAAGGGCACAGUCAUGCAGUGCGAGCUUUAGCUGCACGAGGUCGCACAUUAGUGUCAGGUAGUUAUGACUGCACUGUUCGUGUAUGGGACAUCAUUACGGGUCAAUCGAGAUGGGUUCUGGUAGGCCACACACAGAAAGUAUACUCUGUUGUCUUGGAUCCGAUACGCGACCAAGCUUGCUCGGGAUCCAUGGACGGCACUGUGCGCGUAUGGAACUUAACUACAGGACAAUGCAUACACACGCUUGUUGGACAUACUUCAUUGGUUGGCUUGCUUGGACUCUCACCUUCGUAUCUGGUCUCUGCAGCUGCCGACUCAAGUCUGCGAGUCUGGGAUGCCAACACUGGAGAACUCAGGCACUGUCUUCAGGCGCACACUGGCGCAAUCACCUGUUUCCAGCACGAUGAGUUCAAAGUGCUCAGCGGAUCAGAUGGAACGUUGAAGAUGUGGGACAUCAGGGACGGAUCAUUCGUCCGUGAUCUCUUGACUGGCAUAAACGGUGUGUGGCAGGUUGUCUUUGAGGGGCGCUGGUGUGUCGCAGCUAGUAAUCGUACCGAUGCUACUGUCCUCGAUGUUUGGGAUUUCGGUCGUGAUGACGACGAUGAUGACUGGAUUGGGGAACCUGGUGGUGGACUGUACGAUGACAGUUCGGAUGACGAGGACGACGAUGAAGAUCACGAACAGGCUGACGCGGAUGCCAUGGACCAGGAUCUGGAGGUCCUUCCGUCAGAGCCAGAGAUGGGUGAUGACGAACUGGAUGGAGGCGAAAACGAACAGAAUUUGUCUCACGAACCCACCUGGGACUAUGAGACGCCUAUUAACAGAAGGAAAGCUGGUCAAGCAUCGUCAGGUAGACCCAUGUGGGCUGACAACCUGGGGGAAGGCUCCAGUAUGACUUCCAUCCCAGAGGCCAUGGACGCUGACUCCUCGCAGGACACCUCCGUCAAGAUUCCAAGUCGUAUCCUUCCCGCCAGCGACGAGACACCAACGCGACCUCGUAUACGCAAUGUUCGAAAGCGGUGAACGCACAGACAGCUUAUGGUGGAAUACCGUAUGCUAGCAGUCUCUUUUCAUAGCCAUCACACACCUCUCUGCUCCCGACUAGCGCCUCUGAUCUAUUUGUGCAUCCUGUUGUCGUUAUUUGCUCUCACGGACUCAUAACAUAUCCCACUGUUUCCUUUACCGCUCUUCGCUUUGUUGUGUAAUGUCAGCAGUUUUGGGCCCGAGUUUAUUCAUAUGUAGUUAUUUCAUGCCGUAGCAAUUCAUCCAACUAGUGGACUAG